CGGAGACUACUCGGCUGGUGGCUGGCUGCGGCUGCGAACCAGUCUUGCUGCCGCUUGGCUUUCUUCUGCUAGGCUGCUAUCGAGCGGCGGGGAAGCCGGUCUCCAUCGACGUCCUUCUCUCGCGGGCAGCGGCGGCCCCGGGCUGCCUCUCUCUGUCUCCCCGUGCGUGUGUCUGUGUGCGAUUGGGUGUGUGUGCGUGUGUCCGUGCGCGCCGACGCUUGGUGACAUUCCAUUCGCGUCUCUGUUGCCGCCGGCCGGCGACGCGCGGAUUGCUUGCUUGAACCUCGGGCUCCCCCUAUCGCCGUCGCGUCUCCUUCGUUCGUGGUGGUGCUUCGUUUAGGGACGAAGCUCGCGCCGAAACGAAGGAGCCUGCGCGAGUGUUCGUGGGGCGAGAGUAUUCGACGCCGGGCAUCCUCUUCGUCGACGCGCAGUCACGGCUCCCCUGUGGGCCCUUCUUGCACCUCAGCCGGCCUGCUACCUCCUUCACCGGCGUCGUCGAACCCUAGCGAGGUGCUAAUAAGCGAGCGACCACCUCCGGUGCAUCGCAAUUUCCCUCGUCGCUGUUGCUGCUGCUACUUUCCGCGUAUCCAAAUGGACGCCGCCACGACACUCGCCCGAAACAGCGUUGCUGAACAACCAUGCUUGCUGACUGAAAAGGGCGGCACACCAGUAGCCACGCCGGGUGCAUGAUUCUACGGACCCUGCUUUAGCAGCAUUUGUAACCAACCAAGGGGACGUGCACACCGGUCUGUCAUGGACGGGAGGCAGUGGCGGCACCUGGCGAGUGGCGCUGGACUUCUGCUCCUGCUGUGGGUGUUCCCAGGUGCCCACACAUCGCUCUGCAAGUCGGUGUUCUCACCAAUUUCUGGAGACAUGCCCAAGGACUUCAGCCUGAAAGUGGGCGACCCUCUGGUGCUCAACUGCACCCUCGAGACUCCAGAGUUCAGCAUCUCGAGCAGGCGGUACUCGGUGAAUGGCAGCCACCUGGAGAUAAAGUUCAAUGACACUAAGGUGCCCAGCGAGCUGCUGUCGGUGGGCGAAAUGUGGGUGGCAUUGCGGAAGGAGCGCUCGGAGUAUUCGGACACGGGCAACUACAACUGCAACAUCCGCGUCGCCACUGACAAGGUUUUCCACGUCUGUGCCACACAGGUCACCAUAGGAGAGCCACCACUUCCUGUUGAAAACUUCCGGUGCAUCAGCUAUUACUACAAAAACCUUACCUGCUAUUGGGAGCCUCCACCAAACAGUGUCAAGACUGAAUACAGGCUGGGAGAGAUGUUUGCGUACACACGGACGCACAAGGGCUUUUAUCGGUUGUGCCCGAAGGCGGGACACUCAGGAAAUGGCUCUUUCUGCUCAUGGACUCUGCAGUCCUCGCCGCCGCUUCGCAAGGAGACCACUCUCUUUCGCCUGGUUAUGAAUGGGACGAAUGCUCUUGGUGUGAGAAAUUUCACCUACACUAUAGAGCAUCUAAAAAUAGUGAAAAUUUCCGAGCCAACUGAGUUCAAGUGCAGCGCAGUGUCCAAGCGGAGCAUCACGCUUAGCUGGAACGCCAGCGUCGAGCAGAAGGAGACUCCGAAGCUGCUUGUCAUCUACGAGAUCCACUACCAGUCUCAAUACGAGUCCAACUGGAAGACUGUGGAGGUGUUCAACAAGACGUCGCUGAUGAUACAAAACCUGAACCCAUUCACUGCGUACACCUUUCGGCUCCGAGCAAAGGCAUCGAAGGCGGUGCGGGAAGAGUUGUGGACCGACGACGUUGUGCUUUCGCAGACGACAUUGAAAGAUGUGCCUGAAGCGCCACCUCGAAUAUCGAGGAGCGGCUUCAAGGUGCAGAAUUAUCAGGAGAGACGGACCAUCAUGCUUAACUUUGAGGCACUCCCCGAGAAGAAGUGGGGUGGGGCCACUCUCCAGUACCUCAUCAAGUGCUGCGAGGAGGACGUGCCGGAAGACAGCUGUGAGAACAAGACGGUGGAGAUGCCCACCGUCACGUUCGACGGCCUGUUUCGCAACUCGCGCUACAACUUUCAGCUGUGGUCGCUGAACGAGAUUGGGUUUUCCCGGGUUCACUCCAGCCUCCAGGUGGACAAAUAUGAUGAACUGAUCAACGUACCUCAGGACAUAGAAGUCGUUGCCCACGGCUCUGGGAGUUACGUGGUUUCGUGGCGCGCACCGUCCGGUCGAAUGCCCGUCCUGACUUCCUCGACUUCGAAGUCGGCCGAGGAAGAGCACGCGGCUAGCUCGGAGCCACUAGGACCCGUGAGCUACACAGUGUUCUGGUGCCCGCGGAUGCUGCCACGCUCUUACAGCUGCAACGAAUCUCUCAAGUGGCAGAAGACGGAACUCAACACGUCCUCCAUAGUGCUCAACCUCGACGCAGGCAACGUGUACCAAUUUGCAGUCGCGGCACAGACUGUUGACAAGGCCUCGGAGAUGCACUGGACGACGUGCGUCAUUCCAGUGUCCAAAGAGCUUGAGAAGAUCACGCAAGUGACAUUGGAGAAAGACAGUGCCCAUUCACUCCUGAUGCACUGGCAACUUGAGUGCAGUGCGCUGAAGUCGUACGUGAACAGCUACCAGAUCGAAGCUUGCGCAGUGUUGCCACGCCACCAAAAGAUGGCGCUACACGACGCUGCUGGGUGUCUGUACAGCAAAUACGAUCCCAAGACCUGCAGAGUUUACAACAUUACCGACCGGGAUGAUGAAGAGCACGUCCUGGACGGGCUGUCCUCCAACGCAGUCUACAGAGCUGUCGUGAGGGCCUCGUCCAACGGAAAGCUCACCGAGGACAGCCCCGCGCAGUGUGCCAAGACCGAAGGCACUGGGGCGGACAUUCCUCUCGUGGUUGGAUGUGCCGUGGGUGGAGCUGUCGGCCUGACUGUCCUUGUCUUUGUGCUCUACCUGCUAGCACGAUGGAUGAAGAAGAAAGUUGACAUGAUCAAAGAGAUCAAGAUUCAACUUCCUGAUGGCCUUGAUUCUUCAGAAGCAAACCAGAUGCAUAGCUACAAGAACAGCAAGAAUGGUUCUGCCGGGAAGACAAGCGAGAGCAACCGGAGUCCGCACAUCGCCUACGGCCGCAUGGGCUGCUUUUCUGCCGCUGACAACGCUGGUCCUAAGAAACGUCACGACUCGGGACGUUCUCAGGGCAGCAGCUCUUCAACUGAAGAGUUGCUGUACAAGAAGACUCGGCGUGCAGACACCUUUGGCCGCAAUCCCAGUGGUGACAGCAGUGGUGGCAGCACUAACGGCCAGGAAAGCGUCGUGUCCGCCAGCACGGCGCGCACGGGCGCCGCCUCGUCGUGUGACUCCGGUGCCGAGAGUGACCCGGCAGCACCUCCCUCCCCCGACUGUCUCCUCCUUGGUGGAAACCACACGCCGCUCGCACGCUGUCGACCCAAUCUUCCCAAGCUCGAUGAAGAUAGGGUCCGCGAGAGCCAGGAUUCUGGACUCGACACUGAAGUGACUCCUCCCAUUGUGAUUCCGUCUUCGGACUCAUCACAGCCGUCCUACAGCAAACUUGGGGUGACUCCCGAUACACAGGCACCGUUACUGCAGAGUCAGGUUCUGGCUACAAGCGAGCCAUCGCUGUUCGAGGGACCUGAGAAUGUUCCAGAGCCCGUGGAACCCCUCCCGCCAUACAGCAAGUUUGGGUUGGCAAGAAGCAGCGAGGAUGUGUCGGUGGCACCUUACACCGCGUGCAGGUCAUCUCCCGACACCAGAAGGCAAGACGGGCCGCCAGCACUUCCCUACUCCCAGCUCGCACUUCGCCAACAACCAAGUGUGAAUGGUGUACCAGGGCACGUGUUUCCCAGCACAGACGUUACUGUUGGUCUGGCUCUGGAGCAGCCCCGAUUUCUGCCAAACCUUAAGAGUACGCCUUUGCCGUUCUUUCCGAAGCCGCCGUCCAGUGGAUAUGUCACAGUAGGGCAAGCCAUGAAAACCCAGCCGACCACGGUCGAGCCACAGUCGGGACAGGGCUACUCCAAGUUCAGCAUCCAGCCUCCAAAGCCCUUGAACAGGCCAGAUACGUCGGGAUAUGUCCCGCUUCAGGACGUAGUUGGGGUUCACCAGGCUGCAGUGCCAGCUACAACCAUGCCUGCUGGAGAGCCUAGUCCCCACGAACAUUUCCGCGACGUCGACUCUUCGUCUGACGACAUGGCCAUUGUUGGCGACGACAACAGUAACAACGCUUCACUCGAGGACUUUUCGUUUUCAAGUGCCUCUGGGCCCGGCACUGAUGAACUUGUGGAAGCUCAUCAGUCACCACAGCGCACAGCGGGACAGACACCUGGAUACGUAGCUGCCACUGUUGUGCCCGCGACAAAGCCACCUCCACUCGACUUGACAAGCGAGCCACGGAUUGCAUCCAACGGCUACGUUCCUCUGCCUUCUGUGUCUCCGGGUGAAACUCAAGGAGGGGCCGGGGACUAUGUGACGCAUGUGGCUGCUUUCGACUGGGGGCGUUCUGCACCUGGCGACAGCGAGAUGGAUGACAGUGCACUACCUCCACCAACAUCGGCAGCAAAGACAAAUGGUUAUGUCAUGUUGCCCACUACAGUAGAUGCCGUCAAUUCAAGGACUUCGGCAGUUGGCUUUGUGCCAGGUGUUAAACCUGAGUCAUCCUCUCAGGUGGACUGCUCGGUGUGAUUCGUGUGAGGGCCUUUAGGAAGGCCUGAAGUUUUGGAUGCUGAUAUAGGGCUGCUGCUGGCAGCUUCCAGAUCUUGCGGCUGCUCUGUGCGAAGGUGUUCCUCGUUACGCCGUCGCGGCCGCCGCCUCCAGAAGGCCCUGGGGGCGUGCCUGUAACUUGCCUUGUUGGAUUGUUCUUGUCUCUCUCUCUCUGGUUUUUACAACUGUCAUAUAUUGUCCGCCCUCUGUGACAGCCUGGUAACCCUCUCAGGGGAAACGUACGGGGUGGUUCUUUAUAUCUGACACUCUAGUCAUGAGCGGGAGUGCUUUUUAACAUUGCAAGCUCGCUUCUCAGGACAGCGACGACUUUGGAGCACAGCUUCGAGCUCCGGUGGGGUAGACAUGUGAAGCAUUUUUUGCUAUUAUAGCUAUUCAGGGACAAGGAUGUUUUGAUGACAUGGAAGGAAGGAAAAUCGCUUCGAGGGCUCGUGUCAGCUCAUUGUCAUAGUCAUUCACCAUCACAACCAGCCUGGUGAGCUCUGCUCAUGUAUGUGCGAGAAGGGAAAUAAGGUGGCUUUUGUUUGCCUUUUCGUUCAGAAGUGUGCGUCACCAUUUCGUCUGCCAGUCUGUCGUGCACAAUUUUUGCAUUUCUGGAGGCAAUCCAGUUGUUGCCGAAGUAUGUGUUUCUCCAGGGCUGCAUACUGCACAGGAUGAAAUGUGUUUGAAUGCGCAAAGUGCUGCUUCCGUCAUUGUUUGUGUUGGGGCAAAGAGGAAGUGGGACUUGGUAGUCACUCUUGCGAAUUGCCUAGUAAAGGAGAAUAUCUCUUUAGUUGUGCCAAACACAAGCACAGCCUGCGUCCCCUUUUUCUUACGUUUUGCUGAGCUUGUACAUAUUUUUUUCAAAGCUCUACAUUUAAUGUCACAAGCUAUGGCAUCAAUGUUUUAGGUUUGUACAAAAGUUACUUUGCUUUUUAAGCUUUUCAAAAGCAGUGUACAGGCUCGUGAAACUUGUCUAUAAUGUUUUCCCUUCUUUGGAGUGGUUUAAAUUCUUUGCAGUGUUCAUUGUGAUUGUGCAAUAUGUUUUGCUACAGUGCGUAGCCCAGCAAACCUCUCUCAAGCUGUACAGCGGAGCACCCAUGGGUUUCGAAGCAAAAGCUUGCAUUCUUGCAGGUGAAUGUCCUGCCUUUAUGUGAACUUAGAAAGUGUCAUGAUGGUCAGAGCGUGGCAUCGUUCAGCAGUUGGAAGACUUCUCUGUAGGUUUCUAAGGCUUAACCUCACACCAUAGAGUUUUAAUGCAAACUUUAGUAGAGGUUUUCUGGCAUUGCAGUUAUUCACCUGGCGUGGGUGAGAGGGCGACUCAGGUCAAUUUUGUAGGAUUGAUGCUUAACUAGAGCACUGCACAGGCCCGCUUUAUGAAGCUCGAACCCAGCCCGGGCCCAUGAUACCAAGACUGGGCAUACGUGACUGAGCUCAGCCUGGGCCCGGACGGACCCCGGACCCCUUUUACUAAGCCAGUGGCCGAGUGUUCCUUUUGGCCAUGGCCCGGGUGUGCAUGACCAGGCCCGGUCUAUAAGUAGAAAAGUAUCUUUUUUUUACUUACAGAUUGCACCGUAUGCAUAAACCUCGCCUUCCCGAGGUCUAAUCAGCUGCAUGCAAUAAGCAACUGAAAUCUUUGUUUUGUUUCUCCUACGGGAACAUCAGUUAUCUGGCCGAUGCUUGUGCUGUUAUUUUCCCGCUGGUACGCAUGCAUUUACAUUUAUCAUACAAUUUGGACCAAUGAGGUCAUUUAGCAUGCAGAUAUAUAUAUAUGUAUAAAGCUGAGAUUUGGUAAGGAUUCGUUAUGCAAAAAAGGUGAGGCAUGCAGACAGGACACAAGAGAAGUGAAUAAUGAAUUUGCAUAAUGAAUCCUUACCAACUAGCGGCGUUCAUGUUUUCCACUUCUCUGCUCUUGUGGCCUGUCUGCACGCCUCACCUUUUUUGCAUAACGGUACAUAUAUGUGUGUGGAUAUUAUACACACAAACAGGCGCAUUCAAGGGCAUACAGCAUAAUAUAAACGCACAAGUAGAAAGAGACACCCCUUGCAUUAGCACUAAAAUAAUAGUAUCGAGAGCUGUAAUUGUGCAAUAGCAAAGGCGGUAACAGGAAAAACAGUCUGAAGAGCGGUAUUUCGUAUAAUUUAUUUUUCAUUAUGCGGAAACACUGUUCGUUCUUGUGGAAAAGAAACAAAAUUUGAACUUCAUCUGUUUUUAUAUUUUGUUUGCUAAGGUAUACCAAGCACUCUUCACACGUAUCGCUCAGCUUGGCACAGAAUGUCUUGCUUGGCACAGAAUGUCUUGCUUGGCACAGAAUGCCUUGUACCAUGCACUGCAUAAUCGCAUGUGAUCAAAGGCACUGCUUAGGCCCUUUGAUGAGCGGGCCCACACGUAAAAUCCCAUAGUUUAAUUUUUUAAAUUGGAUGAGUGGGCCUGAGUCCAGCCUGGGCCGGGCCUGCAGCUUCAAGCCCGGCCUGAGCGCCAAAAUACGUUUCGAACGGCCCGGCCCGGGCUUUCGGGUCAGCCCAGGUUCGUGCAGUGCUCUAUUCUUGACUGGAACAGCUGCGUUUCAAUGAAGAUCGAAUGUUCAAAUGCUUGGCAUACUUAGGUGUUUGUGUUUUUUUAACAGCUUUUGAGCAGUAAAAGCCUUUUUUUAGAUUUUUUUAUAUCCCCGGUGUUGCUUUGCUACCUUGAGCACAGUUGAUCAAUCAGUAAACAGUGAUAGCUGUAAUGUUGUGAAUCAGUUAGCCAUGAAAGCACUUUCGGCCUCUUAAAGGUUUGUUUCGUUAUAAGUUAGAGAGCCUAUUUGCUUUAUCAAAUAUUUAGUGUGUGUGUGCCACAAGAUCUGGUCACUGCUUUUGCAUGAAUGGUUGGCACAGGUAAUUUGUCAUACUCCCUAUACAAUCUUAUGAUUUGAUAGUUUAAUUAGCUUCUACAUUACUAUGAUAACCCACAAGAAUGUUUGAAGCUAAACUAUUAAGAGUUGUCUCAGAGAGACUUGGCUUAUACACAAGCUAGUUGAACAGCAGUAAUUGAUGCUGCCUCUGGUACUGGUGCCAGAUAUCCUUCUAGUAAUCCUUGCAUUGAAUUCUAUGCCCCCAGCAUCAUGUUGUAUUCUACUCAAUAAUUCCUUGUAUUCUAAAGCAAACUGAACCAAGCUAGACUCGUGCAUUACUUGUCCAGAACUCUCAAGGUGUCUCACGCGCGCACACACAAAAAAGUAUUAUUGCCAAGAAAAUCAUUAUUGAAAACCAACAUCUCAGUUUCUUUUGCACAGAACCAACAGUGGGGAAGACACUGGAGAUCUAGACGUCUUGUGGUUUUAUGUUCUUUUGCACAUUUAAAAAAAAGUAGUUUUCAGUGUUACUUUUAUAUAUAUUUUUUAUAUUUUUCUUUUGAUAUAAAACAAAGCCUAUCGAUAUUCUAAAGUUAAGUUGCCUCAGCCGAUUUUCACUAAAGCUUAUGACACCACUUGGAGCAGCUUAUACAUAUAUAUAUAUGUGUAUAUAAAAUUCUGUACACUAACUCUGUGUGGGAAAGCUCACUGCAUUUUUAUUGCGGUAGCAAUUAUGUGGACACGCCAGGCGCAUUUAUGCCAUUGCCGUCUCCGUAAGGUUUCGUAUGAGGUCUAAGGGAGAUAAAAUCGUCGGCGCGCUCUCUAUGCUGUAUGCUAGUGAAAGCGUGCCGUGCUUCGUAUAGCUGUCCGCUAAUUUGCUAUCGCAAUUGAUGCUUCGCCUGUCGGGCAAAACUGCGACCUUUUCUUCUACAUCCGUUAUUCUUAUUGCACUUGUUAUACAUAACGUUUUCGUCUGUUAAGACGUCACUGAUAUCGCAGUUCAGGCAGUAAAAUGUGUGAAUGACUUUUGCCAGUGACAAAUCUUUUUGCGAAAAAAAUGCAGAGUUGUGUAUGAGCAAUCUACGAGUCUGGCCUGCUUCAGUAAUUUUUUUUUCUCUCGGUGUCACUUCAUAAAGAUGAUAUUGGGGCAAGUGCUCCCAAGCUGUUGUUCUUGGCAGUCAUCGCAUCAGUUCUUUCUCAUAAACGUCCAUCUGUGAAUAACCCAUUUGCAUAUCUGGUGCUCGGCACCUAAUCAGCUGUGCCGCUGAUCACUGUAGAGUGGUGCUUGAUGCUUUGUCGGCAACUGCACCGCUGUGUUCGCCAUUGGUGCUAAGUGUCGCUGACAGCAGUGGAAAGGACACUUGUCGAGUUCUUCUGUGUGUUUCAUGUGCUCUAGGCAUUUGUGGUGAGGCAUUAUGUCUUGUAAGAACAAUCGCAGCCUUUUACAGGCUGGAAACUUGAUGAACACUAAAGCUUGGUGUGACGCAUUGCGUCCUCAAUAUUUUUAUUGUGAGAUCAUUUGCGACGACCAAGUUGUGGGUUCUCGAAGCCUUGAAGGGCACAUGUCUCGUAUGAGGCGCUGUUUGCUAGGUGGGUCUGCAUCAUUUGUUGCCGAGUACAAGCUCGUGGGUUUGCCUCGCAACUGGGUCAGUUGCCGGGGGUGAGAGUGAAAAAACAAGCGAGAAGCAGAAUGCUUUAGAGAGCAUUAAAUGGUCGGAAUUGAUCUGAGGCCCACCACUGCAGCACCUUUUAUUUGCACGUGCUGCGAGUUCUCGUCGUAGGUUCGAUUCAUGGCAGUGGUGGCCAUAUUUCGACCUGGGUGGAGUGCUAAAAUGCCUGUGUGCUUAAAUGUAGCUGCAUGUCAAAAAUGCUUUGAAAUAUUGAGCCUCGUAACUUGAUUUGGGUUUACGAUCUGGCAAUUACGACCAUUAUUGCACUCAAUCUAUCAUUUAACAACGCAUGACAUGAGCCUUGUGCUUUUAAAAGUUGUGAUAGCAUCUGAUAUCACUCAUACUGCUCGACAUUUGCUAUCAAGCCAGUUAAUAGCUGUCAAGCCAGCAGCUUUACAUGCGUACAAAGCAGAAUGCUAAAUUGUUUUUUUUUUUUCAAAUUUGGGAAUGUUGUGACGAUUUCCGUGCUGAUUGUGGGAAGUUUGCUAUUUGAUUGUGCUGGCUCGCAAAAAUGCAGUGCAAUGUAAACUCUGGAGGCACGAUUGCUAUGCUUAUCCUCGGACAGAGUUAGUUUCGUAGCCAGUGCCUCCGGUUGAAGCAUAAAGCCUUGUGCAGUCGAUCAUUACCCGGACCAAGCUUGCUUGCACUUCACGCUGCCUUGUGAACUUGGAACACAGGACCUGUUUGACGUGAAGACCACACUCGCGGGGCAUUUCCUUUUUUCUCCAGUCCAAGCAUCGACAUCGUGCUUGGGCUGCAAUGAUGGUAUUACCACUUGCACGCUAGUUUUGCUGCCUACAUAAUAGCAGCGAAGGGGCCACACGUCAGCUCUGCCACACCUGAUUGUUUUGCCACCCCAAGUAGUGGCAGAUGCGUUGAAACAUCGUCAACGAAAGUACAAAACCACACGAGUCUGAGAUGACGGGGGUCUUCCCUUACAGAGCUACUAUUGUUUGUUUUCACCUGUUUCCUCAACUCCACACCCAACCUUGUUCUUUUUUUUUUUAUUCUCCCCCUACCCUGUCUGAUAAUGCCAGAUGAUUAACUUGUUUAUGACGUUGGGGCUUUUGUCGACGAGGACUCGCAAUCGUUUCAUGCGUCUUGUGUGUUUGUUGUGAGAGUGUGUGUAUAAUAUCAUGUUGUGUAUGGCAUAAUAUAACGCUGUGUCUGCCGGUAGAGACGGCUGGCGGGAGCGCAGAGAUAUAAAAAAAAGAAUUUGCGACAGGUGCCUGGCACAUUUGCCUAGUAUUUGAGAAAAAUGAUAAUAAAAACCUGUUACACGCA